GUACUCAAACAAAAGCAGAAUUAAUAAAAAAUUUAAGUUGGAAAAAAAACAGAGAAAAAGCUAGAAAGAAAAUUUUGGCAAUUAUGGAAGCAAAUAUGAAAAUAGAAUUAGAAACAGAAAUGAAAACAGAAAUUGCAGCGGCAGAACCACGAAUUGGAGUUUACAAAGAAAUUCGGAAACAAAUAAGUAACCCCCAAAAACACAAAAUGCUCACAAAUUAUCCAUCUCAAGCCGAUACGCAAACCCAAAUCCCACCUACUCAACAACGCACUCAUGAUUAUUACGCAGAGCAGCGACAACCAACAACAGCAGUACGAUUACAAGCCGGUCGUUGCAUUUCAGGAAAUGAAAUUUUGAUCCACACUCAGUGCCAAUGGGCAUCUACUCAAAACCACAAGCUCAUACCAGCUGCAGCACGCUCUGAGUGCCACUCUGCAGUCCAACCGCGUAGUCAACACAAAUCRUUGAAUACAAAAUAUCGUCGAUCACAGUUUCGCAAUUGGCGUGAUUGGCUUUUUCGUGCCCAAGCAUUGCAACCACCUUGGCGCAGCCCUUUUAUGCCACUACUAACAACGUACACGUUGUUGUAUCUGCUAAGCGCGUUACCCCACGUACGAGCCGCUUGCCGUGAGGAGUCCGCUCGCGCUUGCGAAGCCAUUUGUACACCGGACGGUCGCGACUGUACGUUGCGCGCACUUUUAUUGCUACCCGACGAUGACACCUACACGGCUUCGUUGCGUCGCACAAUGCCAGUGUUGCAUUUGGCUGACCGUUAUAUUCGCGAAAAUAGUUUAUUGCCACCGCAGUUGAAUUUGGAAUGGAUGACGGGCGAUGUGAAAUGCGAUGCAGCAUAUGCCUCUAUUAAGGCCAUGGACGGCAUCGUAAAGAAUUGUGCACAUGUUGUCUUUGGUCCAGUUUGUGAUUAUGCCUUAGCCGCCGUCAGUCGCAUCGCCAAGUACUUCAAUAGCAACGGCACGCCAGUCAUAUCCAUAGGUGGCGCCACCGAUAGUUUUGAAGACCAGAAAACAACAUGUGCUGAUGAGUUCUAUAUGCUGGUGCGUCCCGGUGUGCUCAGCUUUAAAAGUCUCUCUCUGAUGAUAAUCGAACUUAUGAAACGCUACAAUUGGUCGAAUUCCAUAGCAUUCUACGAACGUGAUGGACAAAGUAAUGCUGUCGGUGAGCACAGCUGUUAUUUGAUGAUGAAAAGUUUUGGCGAUGAAAUGCGUAAUCUGAAUUUGACAUUUGCACAGUAUUCCAUAGUGCCGGAGCUGCGCAACCGCACCGAGGAGCUAGUACGUGAAAUUGGCAAUAARCACACAAUUGUCAUUAUGUGUGCGGAACCCGAGAAUAUACGCCGAAUCAUGCUAACAGCUGAGGAAUUGAAUAUGGUCGACAGUGGCGAAUAUGUGUUCAUUAAUAUUGAAAUGUUUUCGCACGCUUCACACAUCGCUUGGAGGCCUUGGUAUGACAAAAACGAUACGACCGAAAAUAACGAACGCGCACGUAAGGCAUAUACCGCUAUACUGACUUUAACGCCAAAACAACCAGAUGAUGAGGCAUACACUACAGUUUCAAAUAAGAUCAAAACCAUCGCCACGGAGAARUAUAAUUACACAUUCCAGGAAAAUGAGGAAGUGUCGUCCUUUGUAAUAUCCUUUUUCGAUGGCGUAUUGCUCUAUGCCAAAGCGCUUAAUGACAGUAUUCGUGAGGAUCCGACAGUGCUGACACGCCCUAUAAAUGGCACCGAUAUGGUACGACGUAUGUGGGGACGCAGUUUCAAAGGUAUUACCGGUAAUGUCACUAUCGAUAACAACGGCGAUCGUAUCUCAGCAUAUUCUUUACUGGACAUGAAUCCGCAUACGGGUAGUUUUGAAAUUGUUGCCGAUUUCAUACACAACCGCUUGGACUUUGUGCCCGGCCAGGAAAUACACUGGGCUGGUGGUCGCAAAGAACCACCACCUAGUACGCCGAUUUGUGGUUACGAUGGCUCACUGUGUCCAGAUAAUUCAUUACCCGGUUAUGCAAUACUCUCGAUCAUACUCGGCGUCGUAGUUGUGCUGAUGACCGUCGGUUUYUUCUUCGGUUAUCGGCACUAUAAAUCAGAGGCGGAAAUAAAUUCCAUGACAUGGAAAGUUUCACUUAGUGAUUUAGUUUGUCCGGAUUUGGGUGGUCGCGGUAUACGCGGCUCCUUUCACUCACUCGUACGGCAUAGCUCGCAAUUGACACUCAUGUCCGAGGACUUGCGUUCGCUGUGCGGUGAUCGUCAAAUCUUCAUACCAGUCGGUAUGUAUCGUGGCUGUGAAGUAGCUAUUAAGGCGAUCGAAAAUCGUCAAAUCAAUUUGACACGUUCGCUUAUGUUGGAACUAAAAAGUAUGAAGGAUCUGCAGCAUGAUCAUUUGGUGAAAUUCUAUGGCGCAUGCUUGGAUCCACCGAAGCGUUUCCUACUCACCGAAUACUGUCCGAAGGGCUCACUGCAGGACAUUCUGGAGAAUGAACAAUUCCAGCUGGACUGGAUGAUUAAAUUAUCGUUAAUGCAUGAUAUUGUGCGCGGCAUGCAUUUUUUACACAACUCGGUUAUACGUUCGCAUGGCAAUUUGAAAUCGUCCAAUUGUGUGGUGGAUUCCAGGUUCGUUUUAAAAAUCACCGAUUUUGGUUUGCAUACGCUAAAGCGGGAACGACCAGAGGCGGUGGAAAACGAUGUGGAGGACUGCAAUAGUCAUGCGUAUUGGAGUAAACUAUUUUGGACAGCGCCAGAAUUGUUGAAAAUUGGCAAUGAUCGUCCGCCAGAGGGUACACAAAAGGGGGACGUUUAUUCCUUUGGCAUAAUCGUACAUGAAAUCAGYACAAGACAAGGUCCAUUUUACCUAGGCAAGACUGAAAUAGAAAAAUCACCUAAAGAAAUUAUUCAACUAGUCAAAGCUUAUCCGGAACACAUAUCUUCGCCAUUUCGUCCGUAUAUCGAUGAGCAUGAUGGAUAUCUUGAUAUUAACAACCUCAUGAUCAAGUGCUGGGCUGAGGAUCCGCUUGAACGUCCCGACUUCAAUGCACUCAAAUCAAUCAUACGUCGAAUCAAUAAAGAUAACGAGACCGGAAACAUUGUGGAUAACCUGCUUAAACGCAUGGAACUCUAUGCCAAUAAUCUGGAGGAGCUUGUCGAGGAGCGUACACAAGACUACAUUGAGGAGAAGAAGAAAUGCGAAAAGCUGCUGUAUCAGCUACUACCGCAGAGCGUUGCAGCGCAGCUUAUUAGCGGACAACCGGUGGUGGCCGAAACUUUCGAUCAGGUCACCAUCUACUUUAGUGAUAUUGUUGGUUUCACCGCCAUCUCAGCUGAGAGCACACCCAUGCAGGUGGUGCAAUUUCUCAACGAUCUCUACACCUGUUUCGAUUCCAUUGUAGAGAAUUUUGAUGUCUACAAAGUGGAAACGAUAGGUGAUGCCUAUAUGGUUGUCUCCGGCCUGCCAAUACGUAAUGGUAAUCAGCAUGCACGUGAAAUUGCACGUUUAGCACUGGCGCUACUUGGCGCCGUACAUAAAUUUAGAAUACACCACCGACCGCAAGAUCAACUAAAGCUACGUAUUGGCUUGCACACAGGCGCUUGUGUGGCUGGCGUUGUGGGUCUAAAGAUGCCGCGCUAUUGUCUCUUCGGCGAUACGGUAAAUACGGCGUCACGCAUGGAAUCGAAUGGCGAAGCGCUACGCAUACACAUUAGUCAAAAUACCAAAUUGGCAUUAGACGAGUUUGGCACAUUCAUAACCACACAACGUGGUUAUGUACCCAUGAAGGGUAAAGGUGAAAUGCUCACAUAUUGGCUCGAGGGUGAAGUACCAAAACCGGAGUCACCUUCAGUGCCGSCACAACAGUUGCUGCACGGYCGGCGUUCUUCACUCAAACAUCCGCCGCAACGUUAYAGUGUUAUGUUGCAAAAGCAACAUUCCGAGAUCUCAGAGGGUGAGCCAUUAACGCCAGCGACAAUUGUCGAACACAGCAGCGUACCGAAAACGCCGACUUUGCGUGUGAAGCGCAAAAUCUCAUCAUCAUCACCAAAAUUGAGUGACAACGAAUUUAAACCGGACGAUUUCAAUUACUAUCUUGAAAAUGUCAAACAACAACAAGACAAAGAGCAUAUAGUGGCGAUGGGUAAGCUAAAAAAUGGGCUCAACGGCGACAUUUACAGCAGCCGUUCGCUGCGUGAGCCGCGUAAAGAUGCCAACAACGAGUUGGCCAAUCUACGUUUACCGUUAUCUGGUGCACUGAAAAAUCACAAUAACAAUUUAGCGAAUAACCAGCGUACCAGCUUUGCACAUCUAUUGCAAUCCAACUCGAAUUCCAAUCUAAGCGGUAUUCUACAUCCGACAACACCGGCAUUGGCACGCGUACGCCCGAGGCUAUCACCAAGCAUUUCCCCAUUGGUAUCCAGUGAACGUGCCGACAAUGAUCACUUACAAAAUGGUCAACGCAUCAAAUUCCAAAUAGGCAUUAARGAUGACGAACAACAAGAUAGCGGUAUAAAUGGCAGAUCUGAGCCAAAUACUUCAGCACAACUUUUACCUCGACGCCCAUCAUUUGAUGAAUCAUAUAGGGAAUCAAAUAUUUAUAAGCCUGAUGGCGUUGAUGAUGACGAAGACGACAUUGAUUUGCCAUUAAAUCACCAGUUGAAUAGUAGUAAAGCACGCUUGUUGGAGGGCGAAAAUCUAAAUAGCGUGGYAUUUACUAAAAAUGGUUGUGAUAGUGUAUGUAAAAGCAACAAUAAUAGCUACAAUAACAUUGUAAAAGCAAAUAAUGCAAAGAAUUUGCAUCUUAUUAGCAAAACUGUCCCGCCAAUGGAUAAUCACGUGGUCGUAGGUGCUGCAGACGCAACAAAUACGGGUGCCAGCGUAGUGGGUAAUGCUGUAACUGUGGCUACACCUCCGGCAGGGAGUGUGGCGCAACCGUUAUUGGGAAAAAUCAAUUCAUAAUUUGGUAUAAAUCAUUAUUUCAGCAACGAAUUUCACAACUGCAGAGCARACAUGCAAUUGUAUUGCAACUCAUGUUCACUAAGUGGACGCCUACAUGUACAUAUGUAUGUAUAAUUAAUGCAAAAACCACAAACAUGGUACAGGAGGCAAUUUGAAACUGAUUUCAGGUUUAUAAGUAAGUGGAAAURUGAUCACAAAUUUCUCAUAAAUAAAGGAAAUUUAAACUCUUGUUUGCAUUAAAAUGCUUGAAUAUAAUUUGGCUGAGGCGCGGAGCAAUUGAAAAUAUUUGCACAUGUAAACUAAUAUUACAGAAAUUCUUGUACUCAGUGCUAUUUCAAACAAAAAAACUAAAUAUUCACUCGUAUUUAAAAACUAGUUUUAAAAAUAAUUUAACGUUUAUUAGGUUUUCAAAUUACAGUUGUAUAGUGUUAUGUAAUAUGCCAACAGCAUAGUACGACAAAUGUAGCAAAAAUAAUAUAUUAAAAAUGUUAGAUUUUAAACACAAACAUAAUUUCAUCACAAAUAUCGACCAUCACAAAUAGUUUGUAAGUUAAAUUCUUUGUUUAUAUACUAAACUUUACAGUAUAUAAAAAAAUAUAGCGUAUGUUUUAAAAUCAUCUAU